AUGGCUGCUGUCAACGGUACUGCUGGAGAGAGUAUGGACAACAAUGGGAACAUUAGUGACGACGAGGCAGAGGACGUUGAAAACACUUUGGAGAAACAGAUGGGUGCACCGAACCGGAACAGCGACACUGAAAAUGAAGGCAUAGCAAGCGGAAAUGGCGAAGAAACAGGAGAAGUGAACGGAGAUGGCGAAUAUGAACUCGACAGGGAGGAACCGCCUCGCAGCUGGCAUGAGUGGAAAAUAAUCCUGAUGAAGGCUGAGUUUGCUGAAGAUCUUUGUGAGCAAAUACGUAAAAUGAAGCCAUAUGAGAGGUGUCGACUUACUGGCAGAAUUGUAACCACCAAAUCAUUUAAAGAUCUCAUUCAGGGUUUCUGCUUUUUCCUUGACUGUGGCACUAAGAUCGCUACUAAAGUUAUGAGGAAUCUGACUCGUAAAGUUUUCGCAUGUUGUGAUCUGCUCUUCGAAAUUUGUCGUAUUCUACCGGAUCAGUUGCUGCACUUUCGAACUGAUUCUCUCUCUACAUGGUUCAACGUUUUUCAUUUCCUUAAAUUCGUUCCCGAUCCACAAACAUCGGUCACGCCACGGAUGUUCAGCGUAACAAACCAUCCUUUAAAAAGACAUAGGAAGAAGAAACUAGUCAAAAUUUUCCAGGACGCUUGGAUCGGUUUAAUGAUGUGUUCCGUCCCUCCUAAAGUCCUUAUCAUCAUGAUACCGUAUAUAACAGAUAAUGUUCUAGACAAGCUUGAUGAACCUCACAAAACAGCGGAUUUCUUCUUCAAGGCGUUCGAUAAAGGAGAUUUGUUUGCGAUCCUUUCCUUGGCGGCCAUUUUCAAACUUAUUGUAUCUCAUAACUUACACAUUCCUAACUAUGUUGUUGCUGGAUUUGCGAAACGUCUCUCACGUAUGCUUCUUCUUGCUCCAUUGGAUGCUCAAGAACCAGUUCUUGGAUUAAUACGAAAUCUACUAACUCGCCACCCUAUUGUUUCCACGCUUAUUCAUCGUGAACUGCCAGAAACAUUACCUUCGGACCCUUACAAUGAAGACGAAUCUCGGCUCAGUGAAUGUGGUGCUGUCAGAAGUUCUCUGUGGGAAAUCAGGAGUCUUCAAAAACAUUGGCAUUCGAAUGUAGCAAAGAGAGCGAAUUUUGUUGAUAAAAAACUACAGCAGGAUGGGUCAGAUGAUGACGAGUCCGAGCCGAAAAAGAAGGUUCCAAAAAGAGGAAAGUUUGCUAGGAAACAUGAGGAAUUCAAAGAGCAUGCCGUUCCUAUAAACUUCACAACACCAAGCGGAUCGCUUUUCCCAGAGAAUUCCUUCAAUCUAGUUUAUGAGAAGUUUUGGGCUGGGUUAAUAUCAGCUGCGAUGAACUUGAACAGCCCUCAUCCUUCGGUGUUGGGUGGUUUGGGUGGGGAUACACCGGCUCAUGGACCUUCUUCUAUAUUAGGUGGUCACGGCGGCCCGGGAUCUGUAUUGGGACAACAUGGUGGACCAGGUUCUGUACUGGGCCCUGGCUCUAUCAUGGGUCCAUCUAGCAUUGUCGGACCGAACAGCUUACUUGGACCGUCGUCGAUGAUUGGAGGAUCACAUCAAGGCCACAGUAUGAUGCACAGUAAUCAGGGUCCUGGUUCCAUGGUAGGUUUCUCAUCAGUGGACCGUGGAAGCAAUAUGAACCUAAAUAUCAAUCCGUCAUCGGUCGUGAACGUCGGCGGUAACCCUGGAUCUGUGUUUCAGGACAUGAACCCUGGUUCUGUUGGCCCAAAUCUAGCUGUUCCGAUGACACCACUGAAUUUUGAGCAGCAAAGCUAUCGGGACGCUAACCAUAUGCCGGCCUCAAACCUGCCAGCAGCCAUGAUGCCAGCCACUCCAGCAAGUGCCAUCGACAUUCCGAUGCCGACGUUGCAGAACAUCGUGUCGACAGUCAAUCUUGGAGUUCCACUGGAUUUGAAGAAGAUUGCACUUCAUGCUCGUAAUGCUGAAUAUAAUCCAAAGCGUUUUGCCGCCGUAAUUAUGCGUAUUCGAGAACCGCGAACUACGGCGCUCAUCUUUUCCAGUGGUAAGAUGGUCUGCACUGGAGCUAAGUCCGAGGAUGCUAGCAGGCUUGCUGCCAGGAAAUAUGCACGAAUUGUACAAAAAUUGGGAUUCGAUGCGAAGUUCACGGAAUUUAAG